AACUUUCCAUUGCUUUUCUUCCAAUCCAAACACAAGUUUACAAUCCUUCCUUUCAUCUCUUGAAUUUUCUCAGUUUCUUUGAUGGAAAAAUGAAGCACAGAAAGCUUUUUCCAUCUUUAGCAGAAACAAAUAAUACAGAUUGUUCUGGGUUAUGUGAUCCAGCAUGCCCUUAUAACUGCUACAAUGACUACUACUAUCUAUCUCCGCCGCCGCCGCCACGUCCACUCUCGGUGGAAGACAGUCCAACACAAAACCACCAUACGUCUCCUUAUGUCAUCGUGACAGUUUCUUUCUUUGCCGGACUCUUCCUUCUUGUUGGUUACUAUGUGAUUGCAUCAAAGUCUUGUGUCGGUUGGUGCAGGUCGAGGAACAACCGGCAGCCGCGAGUGGAUGGUUCCGAUGAGGAGUUUAUUGAUGAGAACCAGGUGGAUCAUCCGAUUUGGUUCAUCACCACCGUCGGGCUGCAACAAUCGGUGAUAAAUUCGAUUACGGUGUGCAAGUAUAAGAAGGGUGAAGGAUUGAUCGAAGGAACGGAAUGCUCUGUUUGCUUGACUGAAUUUCAGGAGGAUGAACUGCUAAGGUUAUUGCCUAAAUGCAACCAUGCUUUUCAUAUUUCCUGUAUUGAUACUUGGUUAAGGUCCCACACUAACUGUCCCCUGUGUCGAGCUGGAAUCGUCUUCGACGGCAUCCGUAAUGCUCCGAUGGCCACAAGAGACCGGAAUUCCGAUCCCAUGGAUGGAAUUUCUGUUACCAGGAAUGAGAAUUCUGAGAUUGGUGGGGAACUGAAUGUGGGUAUGGAGAAUCAGGAGAGAAAUUCUGAUGUUUAUGAAAACAGGGGAAGAACAGGGGAUAGGCGCGGAGGUAACGUUUCAAAGGAGAAAAAGGUAAUUAGGAGGUCUGUUUCCAUGGAUUCUUCUGCAGCUGGAAAUUUAAGUCUAGCAUUGGAGAAUUUACAACGUUUUGAAUCAGGAGUGAGUUCUGAGGAAUGGAAAUCAAAUCCAGGCAGGAAAGCGUUGGGUAAUUCUUCUUCAUUUUCGCAGUUUCUGCACUUAAGUCCUGUUCCUAUGAAGAGAUCAUUCUCAUGCAAUGGGAGGUUUCUCUCAUCCAAACGUGGACGUAGCCUGAACUGAAUGCAAAUCUUUGUUUGUGAGGUUGAGUAUUACAGGCGAUGUAGUUUUUUUUUUUUUCUUUUUUUUUUCUUUUUCUUUUUCCUUUUUUGAUUUCUCUUAGGAGAAAGAUUUCAAAGGUACUGUAAAAUCUGUUUCUUUCUUUCAUGAUUUUAUUAUGGGGUGAAAAAAAAUUAAAGCGUAUGCUUCUGC